AUGGAGCUGGAGUACGAGCUGCCCAACGCCACCGCGUUCUGGUUCUCCCCGGCUUCCCCUUUUGACAACUUCUCUGUAGAUGCGCCCACCAACACGUCGCAGAAUGCCACAGGACAGCACUUCGACCUGACCAGCAACGCCAUCCUCACCUUCAUCUACUUCGUGGUCUGCAUCAUAGGGCUGUGCGGCAACACGCUGGUGAUAUACGUCAUCCUUUGUUAUGCCAAGAUGAAGACCAUCACCAACAUCUACAUCCUCAACCUGGCCAUCGCAGACGAGCUGUUCAUGCUCGGUCUGCCCUUCCUGGCCAUGCAGGUCGCCCUGGUACACUGGCCCUUUGGCAAAGCCAUCUGCAGAAUCGUCAUGACGGUGGAUGGGAUCAACCAGUUCACCAGUAUCUUCUGCUUGACGGUUAUGAGCAUUGACCGGUACCUGGCUGUCGUCCAUCCCAUUAAAUCUGCCAAGUGGAGGCGGCCCAGGACAGCCAAAAUGAUCAGCGUAGCUGUCUGGGGCGUCUCCCUGUUGGUGAUCAUGCCCAUCAUGAUUUAUGCUGGGGUGCAACAUAAUCACGGCAGGAGUAGCUGCACCAUCAUCUGGCCGGGAGAGUCGGGUGCCUGGUACACGGGCUUCAUCAUCUACACCUUCAUCCUGGGCUUCCUGGUGCCUCUCACCAUUAUCUGCCUUUGCUACUUGUUCAUCAUUAUCAAAGUCAAGUCCUCGGGCAUCAGAGUGGGCUCCUCCAAGAGGAAAAAGUCCGAGAAGAAAGUCACCAGGAUGGUCUCCAUCGUGGUUGCCGUCUUCAUCUUCUGCUGGCUCCCUUUCUACAUCUUUAACGUCUCCUCAGUCUCCGUCCUGAUCGUGCCCACGCCUGUCCUCAAGGGCAUGUUCGACUUUGUCGUGGUCCUCAGUUACGCCAACAGCUGCGCCAACCCCAUCCUUUACGCCUUCUUGUCCGACAACUUCAAGAAGAGCUUUCAGAAUGUCCUCUGCUUGGUGAAGGUCAGUGGCAUGGACGAGGCGGACCGGAGCGACAGCAAGCAGGACAAAUCCAGGCUCAAUGAGACCACAGAAACCCAAAGGACCCUGCUCAAUGGUGACCUGCAGACGAGCAUCUGAGAGGACAGCGGGGUUGUCCUUCCUUCGCUCUCCUCUCCCCACUUGCUCCCAACUGCAGCAGGGUGGUGGCACGUACGGAGUCAGGGCAGGAGUGCCAGUUUAGGGGACGGCGGUGCGCACACCGACGGGCGGCGGGCAUCCUCAGCUGGGCUCCUCCUGAGCUGCUGGCAGGUUGGCUUUCAAGUGCUGGGAAGGGUACGGUUCAAGAAGAGCUGCCUCGCCAGGAAAACAAAGACAACUCGUAGCAAUGCAGUGCAUUUCAACACCAAAGUGCCACCGUGGGCCACAGGUAUGGCCGGGGUGGCUCCGCUGGCUUCCCUGGUGUUACCCUUGGGGCUGGUUGGCUUUGGGUGCUUUGCC